CCCCCCCCCCUCUCUCUGUCUCUCUCUUUCUCCCCGUCAAAGACGGCCACAGUGGCGGCGAAGAGGAGACGAUCUUUCCCGCGCCAGCCUCGCCCCCUCAAGGCGCCUCUCUAGGGUUUGAAGAAGAAACCCCCAAUCUUCUUGGGCUUUUCCGUCGAUCGUCUUGGGGAUCGCGGGGCGGGGCGGGGCGGUGCGGAGACAUCUCGCGGGCGGUCGGAACGAUGAGGGCCAUGGAGACGCUGCAAGAUCUGAUCGAGGAGGCCAAGGUUCGGACGGUUUGCUGGGCCAUCUGCGUCUUCGCCAUCUCCUAUUUCUUGUCGCAUACUAGCAAAUCGAUGUGGACAAAUGUCCCCAUUUCUGUUCUCAUACUUGUGGCCUUUCGUGUUCUUUCUUAUGAUGUCGAGCUCCGUUGGAGGGUGCGGCCAGUUCCUAAGCAAACAUAUUUGUCCCAUUUGGAAAAGAAGCAGUUACGUCUUGAAGAUUCUCGCCUUUCUAUUGUGGUGCCCACUUCAAGAUGGAAGAGGAAAUUUGAUUCACCUCUUGUUGAGGCUGCUGUUGAGGAAUUUAUUAACAAAAUUUUGCAGGACUUUGUCAUCGAUCUCUGGUAUUCAUCUAUAUCUCCUGAUAAGGAGGCUCCGGAACUAAUACGCUCCUUUGUGCUUGAUGUACUUGGUGAAAUAUCAGGAAGAGUUAAACAAAUCAACCUUGUUGACUUGUUAACAAGGGAUCUCAUUGACUUGGUAGGGAAUCAGCUUGACCUUUACAGGAAAAAUCAGUCUGAGAUAGGUGUGAAUGUUAUGAUAACUUUAUCUUCGGAGGAAAGGGAUGAAAAAUUGAAGCGUCAUCUAAUGGCUUCCAAGGAACUUCAUCCUGCUUUAUUUUCACCAGAAAGUGAAUACAAGGUACUUCAACGUAUUGUUGGAGGAGUUUUAUCCUUAGCCUUGAAACCACGAGAGGCUCAAUGCCCAUUAGUUCGGUGUCUCUGCCGAGAGUUGUUGACCUGCUUGGUUGUGCAACCUGUCAUGAAAUUUGCCAGCCCUGGGUAUAUCAAUGAACUAAUUGAAUACGUGUUUCUCAACAACAAAGAUAGCAGCAACAUGGAGGUCACAUCUGAUAGGUCGCUUAGACAUUCUGGGCAAAACACUCAAAGUUGUCAAUUGGGAUUAGUUCAAAGUGGUGGGGAAAAACUGACAGACGGUUCUGAGCAUAGCCACCCAUAUGUAUCACAGAAAGAUUCUCUAAAUCAUAUACCGCCUCGAGCAGCAGACUGGGCCAUGGUGCUGGAGGCUACUACAAAAAGGAGAACUGAAGUUCUUGCUCCUGAGAAUUUGGAGAAUAUGUGGACUAAAGGAAGAAACUACCAAAAGAAGACUGCCAAUCUAAUAAAAACAGGGACACCGCAAAGAUCUGUGAACACUACUGUCCAAGCAGGCAGUGCAGGGAAGGAGUUAGCGACCUAUAUGAGUGAAAGUAUAAAAGGUAUAGAUGAGAACUAUAUGGUUCACUUAACACAAGGAGUGGUAAACAAUGAGCAUCAUGGUUCCUAUGAUCCAGAGAAGAGGCAAUCCAUGGAGUUGGGCAACAUUGAUGGAAAUGAAAAACAUGCCAGUAAAAGUAAUAAUAACAUUCAACUGAAACGUUCUAGCAGCACUCCUGAUAUGGAUGCAAUAUUUAAAACCAAAAGUGAUGAUGGGACUAGUUUCAAGGAGAAAUGUCACAUAGAUAUUGCCAAGCAUAAGGAAGCGCAAAGUUCCGAUGUGGUUUCCCAUGGUGAAGGAUCCUUGCAUCUUCCUAAGAUCAAAUGUCGGGUUGUUGGAGCAUAUUUUGAAAAACUUGGAUCGAAAUCUUUUGCAGUUUAUUCAAUUGCUGUAACAGAUUUGGAGAACAAGACCUGGUUUGUGAAAAGAAGAUAUCGGAAUUUUGAGCGUCUGCACCGGCAUCUGAAGGAUAUACCUAAUUAUUCAUUGCAUUUACCUCCAAAGAGGUUUCUUUCAUCCAGCAUUGAUGAUUAUUUUGUCCACCAGCGGUGUAUCCUUCUUGACAAAUAUUUGCAAGAUCUUUUGUCAAUUGCUAAUGUUGCAGAGCAACAUGAAGUGUGGGACUUUUUAAGUGUUUCUUCAAAGAACUACUCUUGUGGAAAAUCUACAUCAUUGGUGAAAACAUUGGCAGUCAAUGUGGAUGAUGCUAUGGAUGAUGUAUUUCGCCAGUUUAAAGGGUCUUCUGAUGGUCUUACGUUGAAAGUUGCUGGUACAUCACCAUCUCAUGCAACUUCUCCCUCUGUCGCUGACAAGGUUUUGUCAUCGUCCUGGAAUCCAAAUGAGAUAAGUAAACAGAUCUCUGGAUUUAGUAGCAUGGAAACUUCGCAUAGCUUGUCUGAGGAUGAAGCACAUGAUGAUGACCGAUCUACCGCUGCAAAUAAUGGAUGGCACUCGGACAAUGAGUUAAACUCGAAAAGUUUUCCACCUCGUGUUUUCAAUCGCAUCAAAGAAUAUUCGAGCUUGGAAUCUCAGCGGAUCCAAGAAUCAGAUAAGUUUGACAGGAUUGGUUCGGAUGUCUCAAAAAAUUCAUUAGCCUCUGAUAUUUUAGAAGAUCCAGUUGGAAUGCCACCUGAGUGGGCACCACCAAAUGUGAGUGUUCCAAUGUUGAAUCUGGUCGAUAAAAUAUUUCAACUGAACAGGAGAGGUUGGCUAAGAAGACAGGUAUACUGGAUUUCAAAACAGAUCUUGCAAUUGAUAAUGGAGGAUGCAAUUGAUGAUUGGAUAUUAAGACAAAUCCAUUGGUUAAGGAGGGAUGAUGUUAUUGCUCAAGGAAUUCGAUGGGUUCAAGAUGUUCUCUGGCCUAAUGGCACAUUCAUCAUUAGGCUUGGUAGCAGUCAAGGGGAGCUUGAUGAUUUUAAUAUUGAUCAGAAACCGUCUCAAAGUACAAGUGGUUCUUAUGGUGAUAAAGUCACUAGACCAAGCUCUUUUGAGGCCCAACUCGAGGCAGCUCGCAGAGCAGAUGAUGUUAAGAAAAUGCUACUUGGUGGAGCUCCGACAGCAUUAGUCAGCUUAAUUGGAUCAAAUCAAUAUCGGCGCUGUGCAAGGGAUAUUUACUAUUUCUCUCAGUCUACCAUCUGCAUCAAGCAGCUUGCAUAUAGUAUGCUGGAAAUGGUGCUUGUUUCAGUCUUUCCAGAAUUAAGUGAUGUGAUGCUCGACAUUCAUGACAAGGCACGUAAACAGUCCUAAGAAUGAUCAAUGUGAGUUCUGCUUCUUUUCUUUGCUGCAAGUGGCAUGUUUCAUACCAUCAACGUAGCUGCCACAAGACCUCAACAUGCAGAAUCAUCUCCUAGCUGCAGUCUGGUUCACCAGAGUUGUGCUUUUUCUUUGUUCUUUUACACUCGGUUGACAUUUUUUAUGUCAACUUUCUGCUUCCAGGAAAGAAUCUUGAAUCAGGAAGUUGCGAUGUAUAUUAGGAAUCCUCUUAACGUUCUGAGAGCGAUAUGAUAAAGAAAUAAUCGUAGAAGAUCUUUGUAUAGGUAGGAUGCCUGUUACUCCUGUUGUAAAUUGCUGAGACGGAGGAUCCAAAGCUAUUCUUUGAUUGCUUUCAACUUGCUUCCUUGUAAAGCUUUUAAGAACACAUCAUUAACCUUAUCUUGUUUUUGUGCUAA